AUGUCAUCUGGAGUAAGAACAAGAGUAGAAAUACUUCAUGAUUUAACAAACUUUGUAGAUUCUGAAUACUAUAAAAUUCAUAACGAUUCAUUGGCUUUCACAUUAACAAACUCACUAUUGCAAGAAGUAGAAGAGAAUUCAAUACAACAAUCGGUUCAAAACUGUGGUAAUCAACAACAAUUGAAUAAUAAUAAUAAUAACAACAAUAAUAAUAGUUUAAAACACAAUUUAACAUCUUCUACUUCAUCAUCAUCUUGUUCAUCAUCGUCAUCAACCACUUCUUCACCAACACUCAAUUCCAUUAAUAGUUCCACCGAUUCCGAUUCAAUACAACCAAGAAAGCGUUGUAGACAAAAUGAACCAUCGCCAAACCUGACCUCAACAUCAUCAUCAUCAACUACCACCACUACAACCACAACAACUACCACUACCACUUCCAACAGUAACAUUUCCACAAUAAUUGAUGAUAAACAACAACAAUCCUGUUUCAAAUCGUUUUCACCAACCAAUAAUUUAUUUUUUUCCUAUUUGGAUGAAGGCUUGACAACAUCAUUGCCAUCAAUGAAAUCCAAGGUCGACGAGAAUGCCGUAGAAGUGUUUUGUAAUGAUUUAACAAAAGAAGAUGAAAUCUUACCAUUCUUGGAAAACGAAGAUCAAUGUACAAAUACAAAUAAACAAAUAUCAGACAAUGAUAACAAUGUGAGUGAUCAAUCGGUCAUUGACAAUGAAAACAGCACUGGAUUAAGAGGAGAAUUGGUCCGUUCCAGUGUUGACAAUAAUGUAGAUAGUGUAGAUAAUUCAAAUAAUAUUUUAACUUCUUUGUUUUCACCUCAGUCCUACAGUAGUAGUAGUAAUGAGAGUUCAUCAAAUAUAUGUGUUCCUUUUAUUCAUAGUUUACCACAAGUCGAUCAUGAUCUAAGAAAAUCAAUAGAGAGAACUGUGCCUGAGGAAGAGAUAGAGGAGGAGGAGGAGGAAGAGGAACAAGAAUUCAACCCAUGGCUGUUCAUUAAGCAACUGUCGCAAAGCUCAAUUACACCUCCCAGUAAUCGUUGUAUGCUGCCUCCCAAAGACGAACAGACUCCAAAGAUCUCACUGGUGCUCGACCUCGAUGAAACAUUGGUACACUGCAGCACCGAGCCAAUCGACGAGCCAGACCUCACGUUUUUCGUAACCUUUAACAAUGUAGAAUACAAAGUAUUUGCAAAGAAGAGACCGUUCUUUGAGGAUUUCCUCUCAAAGGCAUCGUCAUUGUUUGAAUUAAUUAUAUUUACUGCUUCACAGGAAGUCUAUGCAAACAAACUGCUCAACAUGAUCGAUCCAAAUAAACAUAUAAAAUAUCGAUUAUAUAGAGAUUCUUGUGUUUGUGUCGAUGGCACCUAUUUGAAAGAUCUAUCGAUUCUUGGUAGAGAUCUCUCGCAGGUGGUCAUCGUAGACAACUCACCACAAUCGUUUGGAUUCCAAGUUGACAACGGUAUACCAAUCGAGAGCUGGUACGAAGACAAGAACGAUCAGGAGCUUAUGACUUUAAUUUCAUUUUUAGAAUCUUUGAAAGAAGCUGAAGAUGUCCGACCAUUUAUUAGAACUAAAUUUGGUCUUCAAGAACUAAUUGAUAAAGCAUAA